AUUAAUGAAGUAAUAACGAAAAAAUUUAGUUAAUUUGCGAAAGAAUAAACAUUUUGUAUUAAAUUAUACAAAAUAAGUUGAAAAAAAUCAAUAAAAUCGAUUUUCAUAGUGAAAAAAGUAAAAGAAGAAGCAAAGAACACUCCCCGUGGGUUAAGUACAAAAAAGCAAAAAAAAAAAAAGAAAGGAAAAUUGAGAAAAGAAAUUAGAAGUGAACCAAAAAAACAAACGUAAAAAGACUACGUCGUCCGCCAUCAUAGUUUACAUACAAAAAUAAAACAACAACAACAAAACAUAAUUUUUGUCUAACAAAAAUUAAAAAUAAGCAACUACAGCAGCAACAACAGCAAAAACCUAGUAAAACAACACUAAACAACGUCUGCGUCUGCUGAUUUUACAACACACGCAAACUCAUACUAACAAAAACAACAAACUCACACAUACACACACACAAACAAAUAACACAUUUCACAACAAAUUGUGGGAGAUUGGAAGCAAGAAGAGAGUUUGAUAACAAAAAUCUAGCGAAAAAUUUAUAAUAACAACUAAACAACAACAACUACAAAGCAAAAUGGAUUUCAUUAUGGCUAGUCCCGGAAAUGACAACCAAACCCCUAUUAUGCCGGCUACAAAUGCUGCUGCCGCCGCCGCUGCUGCAGCUGCUGCGGCAGCCGCAGCGGCCGCUGCAACACCAGCACAAUCUGUAGCCGCAGCUGCGGCAGCCGCACAAUUGCAACAACAGCAGCAGGUGCAGCAAGCCAUCUUACAAGUGCAACAACAGCAAACACAACAGGCUGUGGCUGCAGCAGCUGCCGCUGUUACCCAACAGUUGCAACAGAAUCAAGCCAAUGGCAAUACGAAUGGCACCACCAAUGGCUCCACCGAAACACGCACCAAUCUCAUUGUCAACUAUUUACCACAGACCAUGACCGAAGAUGAGAUACGUUCGCUAUUCUCGAGUGUGGGUGAAAUUGAAUCGGUUAAAUUGAUACGUGAUAAAUCACAAGGUUUUAUGGAUCCCCUUAAUCCACAAGCCUCUUCGAAAGGUCAAAGUUUGGGUUAUGGUUUUGUGAACUAUGUUAGGCCACAGGAUGCUGAGCAGGCGGUGAAUGUUUUGAAUGGUUUACGUUUACAAAAUAAAACCAUUAAGGUAUCCUUUGCUCGUCCCUCAUCAGAUGCUAUUAAGGGAGCUAAUUUAUAUGUUUCUGGUUUGCCCAAAUCUAUGACCCAACAAGAUUUGGAACAAAUAUUUGCUCCUUAUGGUCAGAUUAUAACAUCACGCAUUUUACAAAAUGCUGGCAAUGAUAUACAAACCAAGGGUGUGGGUUUUAUACGUUUCGAUAAAAGAGAAGAGGCCACUCGGGCCAUUAUUGCUCUAAACGGCACUACCCCACCCAAUUGCACCGAUCCUAUAGUAGUGAAAUUCUCCAAUACCCCCGGCAGCACUAGCAAAAUCAUACAACCCCAAUUACCGGCUUUCCUUAAUCCGCAAUUGGUGCGACGCAUAGGUGGUGCCAUGCAUACCCCCGUCAACAAGGGUUUGGCCCGUUUCUCGCCCAUGGCUGGCGAUAUGUUAGAUGUUAUGUUGCCCAAUGGUUUGGGUGCCGCAGCAGCAGCUGCCACUAAUCUCUCCAAUGGACCCGGCGGUGCUUAUCCCAUUUUCAUUUACAACUUGGCGCCCGAAACAGAAGAAUCAUCACUGUGGCAACUAUUUGGUCCCUUCGGUGCUGUGCAAUCGGUGAAAAUUGUCAAAGACACCACCACAAAUCAGUGCAAAGGUUAUGGCUUUGUAUCAAUGACCAACUACGAUGAGGCAGCUAUGGCCAUUAGAGCUUUGAAUGGUUAUACACUAGGUAAUCGUGUUUUACAAGUCAGUUUCAAAACCAACAAACAAAAGUAAAUUUAUUAUUAAUUUAAACAAUAUUUUUUUUCUUAAUAUUUAAAUUAUUAACUAUAUUAUAAUAACAACAACAUUUUUUCACUACAAAAACAAGAAAGAGGAAAGAAAUAAGGAUAGAAAGAAACGUUUUACAAAACAAAACACUUAGAAACUUAAAACACACAUUUUUAAACAAACAAACAGACACACCUAAUUAUAACGAAUAGUUAUUUUUACCUAAACAUAGAGAAAAAAAAACAGAUAAAACCCUAAAAAAAUAGCAUAAGGUUGAGAGUAGGGUAAGGUAAACAAAAAGAUUAUGAAAAAAGAGAAAGAUAAUGUUGGUUUAGUUAAGGGUGGUUAAACUGCUAAAGAGACAAAAUGCUCUCUUAGAGUUAUUUGUUAAGAUUUUUGAAAAAGAAAACUAAAAUAAUGCUUGUCCUUAGCGAAAGAGGAGAAAACAGAAAGAAGUAAUGAUGUGAAAAGGAAAUUUUCAAAAGCAAAUACUUAUAAACGGAAAUCAAAGAAAUUUGUGAGAAGUAAAGGAUUUUUAAAAAAGAAUUGUCAAAAUAUUAGUUGACAAAGUAGAAAAUCAUAAACUAUUAAUGAAACUUUUUGGAAAAACAAUUUCUUUGUAUUCUUGAACAUAAGAGAAAAUUUAAAAAUUUUCGUAAUUUUUACUAAAAAUUUCAAAAUUUGCUGUCUUAUCUAGGUUUUAAAUAAAACUUUUAACCUUUAGUUAAAGUUUUUCGUGAAUUAGAAUCUCAAAUGUUAAAGUUUUUUAGUACACUUUUUUAUAAAAAUCACCAAAUUUUAGAAAAAAAGUUUACAAAACUUUUAACAAAAACUACAAAUAUUAAUUUGAAAACCUAGAAUAUUAGAAAAUAUUUGGAAAUCUCCACUUGAUUUGUUAGAAAUCUGUUAAAAAUUGUUUUAAAUAAUUGAAAUUUUGAAAAAAGAACUUUGGUACUAAAAAAAUAGUACUAAAACUUUCGAUAGUUAAUGUUUUGGCAACAAAAUGUUUUGGUACAAAAGGUACUAAAAGUUUUGGUAGUAAAAUAGUUUUAAUACUCUUAAGGUUUUGGUACCAAAAGUUUUAGUACUUAAGAUUUUAGUUUUAAAAAAAAGUACUAAAAGUUUUAAAACUCAAAAGCUUAGUACUAAUUAGUAGAAAUUUUAAGUGCUAAAUGUUUAACUAACCACAAAAUGUUGUACUAAAAGUUUAGUUCUAAUAAAAUUAGCUAAAUUAAGUUUAGUACCAACACUAUUUUAGUACUAAAGGUUUUGCUAUUAAGAGUUUUAGUACAAAAAGUAUUUGGAACCAAAAUGUUCAGCAACAAAAACUAUUUGUACUAAAAAAUUUUGUACCAAGAAGAACAAAAACGUUUAGUACUAAAAAAUUUUAGUUUUAAAAAAAUUUAGUACUAAAAAGUUUAUUACUAACAUAUUUUUGUACUAAAAAGUUUAGUACUGAAAAAAUUUUAUACUUAAAGUUUAAAACUUUAAAAUUUUAGUACUAAAAUGGUUGGGGCUAAAAGUUUAGUACAAAAAACUUUUAGUAGUAAAAAGUUUAGUACUAAAAAGUUUAGAACUAAAAUGGUUGUUACUAAAUGUUUAGUACAAAAAACUUUUUGUGUUAACAAAUUUAGUACUUAAAAGUUUAGAACUAAAAAAAUUUAGUACUAAAAUGGUUGGUACUAAAAGUUUAGUACAAAAAACUUUUAGUACUACAAAAUUUAGUACUAAAAAAUUUAGUACUAACAAAUUCUAGUACUAGAAUGGUUGGUACUAAAAGUUUAGUACAAAAAACUUUUAGUAGUAAAAAAUUUAGUACUAAAAAGUUUAGAACUAACUAAUUUUAUUACUAAAAUAGUGGUACUAAAAGGUUAGGACCAAAAAUUGUUAGUAGUAAACAAUUUAGUACUAAAAAGUUUAGAACCAACAAAUUUUAGUACUAAAAUGGUUGGUAUUAAAAGUUUAGUACAAAAAACUUUUAGUAGUAAAAAAUUUAGUACUAAAAAUUUUAGAACUAACAAAUUUUAGUAUUAAAAAGUUUGGUACUAAAAAGUUUAGUACUAAAAAAUUUUGGUACUAAAAUUUUUUUUACAAAUUUUCAAAAACUGUGAAGAAUCAUUAAAAAUUCUUUAAAAAUUUUCCAAAUUUAAAAACAAAACUUUUGAAAAUUUCCUUAAAUCCUACAGAGAGAGAGAGAGGAGAGAGCUUAAGUUUAAAAAAAACCCCACACUCUCAAACCAAAUUUUAUUUCUUAAAGAAAUCAACAAAAGAAAUGUUUCUUCGUCGUCAAUGUUUAGCAAUAAAUGUUUUGUUUUUGUGUUUUUCUCUUGAAAACAAGUGAAAAAAAACAACGUUAAAAGAAAAAUUUACACAAAAUUCAAUGAAUUUUGUUUUAAAUAGAGAAUACUAUCAAAAAAACAAACUAAAAGCAAAGAAAAUCUUCCAAAAUAAAACGCAUAAAUUUUUUUAAAAAAAACCAAAAUAUAAAACAUUAUGAAAAAAAAUGUUCAUAUUUAACACUUGCCAGUAAAAAAGAAAACCAAAUAUUUUAAUAUUUCUUUUUUAAACAUAAAAACCGAGACAACUUAAUUAAAAUUUUUAAAAAAAAAAUUUCCACAAGUUGUGCUCCCAAAGCUAAAAGAGGCUUUUUACAGUAUUAAGCAUUCAUUAUUAGAAAAAAAGAAAAAAUAACUUUUAAAAAUAAAAAAAAAACAAAUUUUUUACUGGUGAUAGUUAAUAACACCUAUGACCCCCCCCCCCCAUUUGUUCCCUUUAAUGGAUCCUACCUUUAAACAAAAUAUACUUAAUAUGUAUUUAAAAACAAUAAUUAAAUAAAUUUAAACAAAAAACUCAAAGUAAUAAUAACAACAAAAAAGAAAA